UCCACAAGACAAACCACCUCCAGCCUCCUCCUUCCCUCCAUAUCACCGACCUAACUGGCUUGCUUGCAGGUAAUUCACCAGGAGCUAGCUAGAUUACAUAUAUAACAUGGUGGAGUCCCGGGCGGCGGCUGUGCAGGAGCUCCGGGAGAGGUUCGCGGCGGGGCAGACGAGGCCGGCGGAGUGGCGGGCGGCGCAGCUGCGAGGGGUUCUGCGGAUGGCCACGGAGAUGGAGGCGGAGAUAUGCGACGCCCUCCACGCCGACCUCGGCAAGCCCAAGACCGAAGCACACGUCCACGAGCUAUCUCUGAUCAAGUCGUCGUGCUUGUUUGCCUUGAAGAAUCUCAAGAAAUGGAUGAAACCCCAGAAGGUUCCUGCAAAGCUCAUGAGUUUCCCCUCGACGGCGAGGAUUACGCCAGAGCCCCUCGGCCUCGUGCUCGUCAUCUCCGCCUGGAACUACCCUCUCUUGCUGUCCCUGGACCCGGUCAUCGGUGCGAUCGCCGCCGGCAACGCCGUUGCGCUGAAGCCGUCUGAGGGGGCACCAGCCAUGUCGUCGCUGCUGGCUGAGCUGCUGCCGCGGUUCGUCGAUGGCACCUGCAUCAAGGUCAUCGAGGGCGGCGUCAAGGAGACCACCGCGCUCCUAAACCACAAGUGGGACAAAAUCUUCUACACAGGCAACAGUAGAGUCGGACGCGUCGUGAUGGCCGCAGCGGCGAAGCAUCUGACGCCGGUCGUCUUGGAGCUCGGCGGCAAAUGCCCGGUGGUUGUCGAUUCAAACGUCGAUCUCCACAUUGCUGCCAAGAGGAUCGCUGCUGGCAAGUGGGGUUGCAACAAUGGCCAGGCCUGCAUUGCUCCUGAUUUCAUCAUAACCACACAGGCUUUUGCCCCAAAGCUGCUCGAGUCUUUAAAGAAAGUUUUGGAGAAGUUCUACGGGAAGGAUCCACUGCUAUCAGCGGACUUGUCCCGCGUCGUGAAUGCCAGCCAUUUUGGCAGGCUCAAGGGCUUGAUGGACGAAGAGAUGGUCUCCGACAAGAUCGUGUUCGGCGGUCACAGGGAUGAACAGCAGCUGAAGAUCGCCCCUACAAUAUUCCUAGAUGUCCCUCUCGAUUCCGCCAUCAUGAAGGAGGAAAUAUUCGGGCCCUUGCUUCCGAUCAUCACGGUUGACAAGAUCCAUGAAAGCUUUGGUCUCAUCAACUCAAUGGCUAAGCCACUUGCAGCUUACCUCUUCACCAGGGACAGUGAGCUCCAGAACCAGUUCGAGGGGGCCAUUUCUGCAGGAGGAAUGCUCUUCAAUGACACCAGCAUACAUCUCACAAACCCAUACCUGCCAUUUGGAGGAGUUGGGGAGAGCGGCACAGGCUCCUACCAUGGGAAGUUCAGCUUUGAUGCUUUCAGCCACAGGAAGGCAGUCAUGAACCGAGGCUUCGCCGGGGAGGCCAGGGCUAGGUACCCGCCCUACUCGGCACCAAGGCUCAAGAUCCUCAAAGGAGUGCUUGAAGGCAAGCUGGGAGACAUGAUUCAGGCUAUCCUGGGGUUCCCAAGAGGGAAAUGAGCUCACCUCUUCAGGAUGGUUGGUAUGUUGUAUGAUCAAACAUCAAACAAAAAGAUAAAUAAAAUAUCCCAUAGUGUGCUUGCUAGGUACCGUUCUGUUCCAGACAUAUCGCAAAGGGGCAACAGCCUGAUAGUAUUGUUUUAUAUUUGAUCACCUUGAAGUGUCAUACAACAUGUAAGUAUCAUAAAUGUUCGGUCGGGGAACUGUCCAAUGCUGCUUUUAUUUCUGGUAAUGGAGCACACAACUCAAAAUACUGCUUCGGUGGAUCCGAAUUUGUUACACCUCGAAAAUAGUUGCAAGAAACAGAGCCUUGUCAUCUUCACUCACCAAAAUGCAGUUCAUCAGCAGCAAGUAUUGGCUAGUCUAGUGAUACACCCUGCAACAUUUCAAUGAGUCAGCACGACCUUACAAUAUGGUUAAUUAUGUCCUGGUUCUAUAAAUGGUUCUCUUAAUCACAUCUACCUUAGGAGGGUCAAACUUAGACCCCAGAUUGCUCAAUUUAGCAUGAGCUUCAGCGUAGUCUUCAAAAAAUGUAUCCUGAUCCUCAGCAUACUUUUCAGCAUAAAUCUGCAACCAUGAUAGCACACAAAAUUAUGUUCAAAGAAUCAGCUACAGAUGUUUUGCAAUGGGAGAAUCGUCACUAACCUUGAAUGAUGAAUCCUCAAAGAGCACAGCAUCAGUAGGCAGAACUAGGAGGUCCUCGUCUCGUCGUUCUUUGACAUCCUAAAUUUUAUGUGUUAUAUAACUGUAAGAUAAUAAUGAUUGCAGCUAUUACUCUAUAGCAUAUUACAAAUUAGGAAUCUCACCUUGAAAUAGCUGUUAUCAAACUUGAGCCACUGUGAUGUCCAAGAUUGCCCCCCAGGUGCACCAGGUCCAUUUUUCUGGCAAGUCAAGCAUAACAACCAAUCAGGCUAACAAUAUGAUAUAAGGUUCACAACAUUCUUCAUUCAGAACAUAAUGAUGCUGUACAUGCUGGCACCAAGAAGAACAGCUUUGUAGGAACAUAUAAGCUCUGUGAUAGAAAAGUUAAUGACGGUGAUAAGAAUAUAGCUCAUUUUUUGUAGUUCAUUCAAAAAAUCACAAUUGAAUUGAUAUGGCUAAAUGACACUUUCAGUGUAGAAGAAUAACUUUCGGUCUUGUUAGCACCCAGCAAAGUAGCGAUCUGACAUUGUCAUUUUGUAGGAUGCGCAUAAGCAAGGAACUAAUACGAGUGUUGGCGAUGUUUUAUUGAAUAAUCUAUUAAAUAUUUCAUAUAAAAUUUUACUGUUUUGCGGUUUCUAAGUUGCCUGGGCUGUUACUAUAUAUCUAAAUCUAUUUCGUAAUGGACGGAAAUAGUUACCCUACAUGAUUGGAUUUAUAGUUAUUACUUCUAUUACUGUGUAGCAGCGCAUGGGUCAUUCAGCUAGUACCAUGAAUAUGUUUCAAUAGAUAAGGCAUCUUUAAAUUGGAAACAAUGAGCUCUGGCUGUAAUUUACGCACAGUGUAUUUUGUUUCAGGUUUACCCCAGCCGCUGCGCUCUGGUCUUGAUCGUCCAAGUGUGUGUGCUCCUGACAAUGCAACAAUUUCCUACAGAUCACAAAAAAGAUAAGACAAGCAACUCCAGAAGUAUACUGUAUUGAAGAGUUAAAAGUAACACAGCAGUAUCCGAGUACCUUGUCAUUCAGGCCCAUUCUGUAGAAUACUUCUCGCAAAUGUUCAGCAGGUGAAGACGGACCAGCAGCUGAAAGGGUGGCAAAAAAUAUAUGAUACCAUUAGCAUGGAUCAAAAAGAUACAAGUUUAGUUCAUAUUUUGGUUUCUAAAUGUCAACCUAAAUUACAUCACAGAGGAAACAUGAAUUAGCACUGGUAGAACUGAAAAACCAAACAUGAGAAAAUGUUGCGUUACUUGAGAA